CCUCAUCCCUCAGCAUCAGCGAGCGACUCGCGAGACUCCUCCUCACACGAGACAAACUUGCGCGGUGUCACUUCGCAAAGCCGCACGCCCGCCAGCCAGCCAGCCGUCACUCACUUCUGGUUACCCAACCGCCUCUCCACUUCAGACACAGAACCCCCUCCCUCCCUCCCAAAGUAAACCCCCCCACUGCUACCAUGCUGGCCUCCAACAUUCGCAGGAAGACCGUCAAGAAGGGCUUGGCCUUCACUAUCAUGACCGUUGGCUCCUCGGGACUCGGAAAGACGACCUUCCUGAACACCCUAUGCGAAUCACCCGUCGUCCGCAAGUACGACCACUCCAGCCCCGAAAAAGCUGCCCUCGAAAAGACCGUCAGCAUAAACCCCGUGUCGGUUGACAUGGAGGAAGAUGGUAUCAGACUGGCAUUGACGAUCGUCGACACCCCUGGGUUCGGCGACAACAUCAACAACGAGGGAGCCUUCACGGAUAUCCUCGCCUACAUCGAAAAACAAUUCGACGACGUCCUCCAAGAAGAGUCCCGCAUCAAACGUAACCCCAAAUCCCAAGACAACCGCGUCCACGUCCUCCUGUACUUUAUCCCUCCCACCGGCCACUCCCUCCGCGAAAUCGAUAUCGAAUUCAUGCGCAAGCUCGCCCACCGCGUGAACGUGAUCCCCGUCAUUGCGAAAGCCGACACCCUCACACCCCCCGAGCUGGCCGCGACCAAGAAACGCGUGAUGGAGGAUAUCGCGCACUACGGGAUCCCGAUCUACAAUUUCCCGUAUGAUGAGGGGGAGGAUGAUGAGGAGACUAUUGAGGAGAAUCGGGAGUUGAGGGCCGCCCUGCCAUUCGCAAUCGUCGGAUCCGAAGACGAGGUCGUCAUCGACGGACGGAGGAUCAGGUGUCGUCAGUACCCAUGGGGUAUCGUCGAAGUCGACAACGCCCGCCACUGCGACUUCUCCCAACUCCGCUACAGCCUCCUCUCCUCGCACCUGCACGACCUCAAAGAGAUCACGCACGAUUUCUUGUACGAGCAGUACCGGACUGAGACUCUCAGUGGUGGGAAUGGUGAUGGGGACGAGGGGGAGGAUGUGGUUGUUGAUGAUGAUGAUGAGGUGCCGUUGAGGGCGUAGUGGGGGAGAGGGAGGACAUCAUUGGCCGCUGGCGGAGUGAUGGAAAAAAAACAAACAUCAGGAUUUGGGAGGAGACUUUGGCGUAGUUGCAUUUUUCGCCGACGGCAGUAUAGCUUCCCCUAGAUAGCAGACACUAGACACUUUUCCCCGCAUAUAUAUAGACUUUUUUUCACUGUCCCGUUUCCUGGAAUCUCAUUUUUUUUUGUAUUACGUUUUUGUGCAAUGCAUCGGUUCUGUUUGAAAGAAAACAUCCACCGACGG